AUGCCAGCCAUGGCUGUUAGGACUGGUCAGAACUCAGAAAGAGUUAACUCUGUGGGGAACAAGAGUCGCAUAGUUGGCAACAACCCAGCCGAGCCACACACUUACCCCUGGAUGGUUGCAUUACUGUAUGACAAUAAGGUUUACUGUGGAGGGAGUAUCAUUGAUGCUAACCACAUUUUGGCAUAUAAAUCAUGCCUUGUUGUUCCUCCAGCCAAGUGUGUUGUCUAUUCAGACAGCGUCACCCUAUUGAUAGGGGGUCAUAACAUAAACGCGUCGAAUGAAGACGAACCUGGUCGUAUUAUACUGAAUGUAACUCGACAAUAUAUCUUCGCUCAUCCCAAGUGGGGAGUUGUCCCUGUAUCUCAUGACAUUGCGAUCAUUCGCCUACCUGCAAAACUCACAUUUUCAAACAAUAUCCGCCCCAUUUGCCUACAGCAGUGGACACGUCUAGCAGAGACUUUUGAGAACCAGGUGAUGGUCGAUCUAUACUUUAGAUUUGUGCAAGCUGUAGGAAAUAAAUUCUAUUUGAAAUCACACACUGUCCGCCUUUGUGACGGGAUGGGCCCAUUACAUAAUCCCGACAAGUGGGUUUUCACUGGAAAUAAUAUGUGCGCCAAGCCGGCACCUAAACAAUCUCCUUGUCGUUGUGAUGUUGGGGGUCCGUUAAUGAUACGUGAAGGUGUGGAUCCACACUACACUCUUGUGGGAAUUGUUUCUUCCUCGGUGAAUCCAUUUUGUGAAGACGGAAAUCCUGUAGUGUUCACGAGGAUAACAGCCGUCUUAGAUUUUAUAUAUGAAAUUACUGGGAGAAAUGUGUAAAUUUUUUUUGCUAAUUUGUGUAAAGUUAAGGGAAACAUUUUAGGUUUUAGUUGAUUAUACCAGAGUUUUACAAUUUGUUGCUACAGUACCUCGAUACACCCAGACAUUUCUAGCGGUUCGCCAAGUCUUAAUCCUUGCUUACACCAAAUGGAUUUAAGA